AGAUCGUGUACAUUUUGGGAACUUAUUUUAGAAAAGAUCUAAGUUUUAAAAAUUCUCAAUGGACAGACAGAGAAAAGAGGGUCUUUGCCAACUCCUUUGGACUGCUGCAGUAAGAAUGUCUUUCCCCCCUCAUUUGAAUCGCCCUCCCAUGGGAAUCCCAGCACUCCCACCCGGUAUCCCACCCCCACAGUUUCCUGGCUUUCCUCCACCUGUGCCUCCAGGGACCCCAAUGAUUCCUGUACCAAUGAGCAUUAUGGCUCCUGCUCCAACUGUCUUAGUACCCACUGUGUCCAUGGUCGGAAAGCAUUUGGGAGCAAGGAAGGAUCAUCCAGGUUUAAAGGCAAAAGAAAAUGAUGAAAAUUGUGGUCCCACUACUACGGUUUUUGUUGGCAACAUAUCCGAGAAAGCCUCAGACAUGCUUAUACGACAGCUCCUAGCUAAAUGUGGUUUGGUUUUGAGCUGGAAGAGAGUACAAGGUGCUUCUGGAAAACUUCAAGCUUUUGGAUUCUGUGAGUAUAAGGAGCCAGAAUCUACUCUCCGUGCACUCAGAUUAUUACAUGAUCUGCAGAUUGGAGAGAAGAAGUUACUUGUUAAAGUUGAUGCAAAGACAAAAGCACAACUGGACGAAUGGAAAGCAAAGAAGAAAGCUUCUAAUGGGAACGCCAGGCCUGAAACUGUCACUAAUGAUGAUGAAGAAGCCUUAGAUGAAGAAACCAAGAGAAGAGAUCAGAUGAUUAAAGGGGCCAUUGAAGUUUUAAUACGUGAAUAUUCCAGUGAGCUAAAUGCCCCAUCACAGGAGUCUGAUUCUCACCCAAGGAAGAAGAAGAAGGAAAAGAAGGAGGACAUUUUCCGCAGAUUUCCAGUGGCCCCACUGAUCCCUUAUCCACUCAUCACCAAGGAGGAUAUAAAUGCCAUAGAAAUGGAAGAAGACAAAAGAGACCUGAUAUCACGAGAGAUCAGCAAAUUCAGAGACACACACAAGAAACUGGAAGAAGAGAAAGGCAAAAAGGAAAAAGAAAGACAGGAAAUUGAGAAAGAACGGAGAGAAAGAGAGAGGGAGCGUGAAAGGGAACGAGAAAGGCGAGAACGGGAACGAGAAAGGGAAAGAGAACGUGAACGAGAAAAAGAGAAAGAACGGGAGCGGGAACGAGAACGGGAUAGGGACCGUGACCGGACAAAGGAGCGAGAUCGUGAUCGGGAUCGAGAGAGAGAUCGGGACCGGGAUCGGGAAAGGAGCUCAGAUCGUAAUAAAGAUCGGAGUCGAUCAAGAGAAAAGAGCAGAGAUCGUGAAAGGGAACGAGAACGGGAAAGAGAGAGAGAGCGAGAACGGGAGAGAGAGCGAGAACGAGAGCGCGAAAGAGAGCGAGAAAGAGAACGGGAACGCGAAAGAGAGAAAGACAAAAAACGAGACCGAGAAGAGGAUGAGGAAGAUGCAUAUGAAAGAAGAAAACUUGAAAGAAAACUCAGAGAGAAAGAAGCUGCUUAUCAAGAGCGUCUUAAGAAUUGGGAAAUCAGAGAACGGAAGAAAACCCGGGAAUAUGAGAAGGAGGCUGAAAGAGAAGAAGAAAGAAGAAGAGAAAUGGCUAAAGAGGCUAAACGACUAAAAGAAUUCUUAGAAGACUAUGAUGAUGAUAGAGAUGAUCCCAAAUAUUACAGGGGGAGUGCUCUGCAGAAAAGGUUGCGUGAUAGAGAAAAGGAAAUGGAAGCAGAUGAACGAGAUCGGAAGAGAGAAAAGGAAGAACUGGAGGAAAUUAGGCAACGCCUUUUAGCAGAAGGGCACCCAGAUCCAGAUGCAGAGCUUCAGAGGAUGGAACAAGAGGCUGAGAGGCGUAGACAACCACAAAUAAAGCAAGAGCCAGAAUCAGAGGAAGAAGAAGAAGAAAAGCAAGAAAAAGAAGAAAAACGAGAAGAACCCAUGGAAGAGGAAGAAGAACCAGAGCAAAAGCCUUGUCUCAAACCAACUCUGAGGCCCAUCAGCUCGGCACCAUCAGUUUCCUCUGCUAGUGGAAAUGCAACGCCCAACACUCCUGGAGACGAGUCACCCUGUGGUAUUAUUAUUCCUCAUGAAAACUCACCAGAUCAACAACAACCUGAGGAACAUAGGCCAAAAAUAGGACUAAGUCUUAAACUGGGUGCUUCCAAUAGUCCUGGUCAGCCUAAUUCUGUGAAGAGAAAGAAACUACCUGUAGAUAGUGUCUUUAACAAAUUUGAGGAUGAAGAUAGUGAUGAUGUUCCCCGCAAAAGGAAACUUGUUCCCUUGGAUUAUGGUGAAGAUGAUAAAAAUGCUGCCAAAGGCACUGUAAACACUGAAGAAAAGCGCAAACAUAUUAAGAGUCUAAUUGAGAAAAUUCCUACAGCCAAACCUGAGCUCUUUGCUUAUCCUUUGGAUUGGUCUAUUGUGGAUUCUAUAUUGAUGGAACGACGAAUUAGACCAUGGAUUAAUAAGAAAAUCAUAGAAUACAUAGGUGAAGAAGAAGCUACAUUAGUUGAUUUUGUUUGUUCUAAGGUUAUGGCUCAUAGUUCACCUCAGAGCAUUUUAGAUGAUGUCGCCAUGGUACUUGAUGAAGAAGCAGAAGUUUUUAUAGUCAAAAUGUGGAGAUUAUUGAUAUAUGAAACAGAAGCCAAGAAAAUUGGUCUUGUGAAGUAAAACUCUUUUUACAUUUAGAGUUCCAUUUCAGAUUUCUUCUUCCUCACCCUUCAAAGGACUUUGAAUUUUUUUUGUCUUCAAAGGCAUUUGUGAGAUCUGUAAUUUUUUUUUAAUGUAGAAAAUGUGAAUUUUUUUUUUUUUUUUGGUCCUCUAAUUUGUUAAUGCCCUGUGUACUCCCUUGGUUGUAAAGUCAUCUGAAUCCUUGGUUCUCUUUAUACUCACCAGGUACAAAUUACUGGUAUGUUUUAUAAGCUGCAGCUACUGUACACAGCCUAUCUGAUAUAAUCUUGUUCUGCUGAUUUGUUCCUUGUAAAUAUUAAAAUGACUCCCCAAUUCUUCUGCAGAAUUCCACUUAAUAUUGAACCGUACUGUAUAGGAACCAAUGUGAAUGAUAUUAAUUGAAAGUGUAUCAGUCAUAUCUAUUACCACCUCCACCCUCCUUUGAUGAGAAAUGGCAAGCCCUCAAGAAGGCGUGAAAUUUAAAAUUAGUAUCAAAAAUUAGCAGACAAUCCAUUCUUACUGUAUCUCCGUAUGAGUGUGUUUGUGUGAAUGUAUGUAUAAAAGUCUUUUCCCUAAUUGCUUUGCUGGGGGUCCCUUAAAUGUUUCCUAACUGAACAAUAGAAUCAAAAAGGAAAGUGAUAUUGUGCCAAUCCAAAUGUCUGAUAUAAUAAGGUUAGAGGUUCCCAGAGCAUGGUAUUCUCCUGUGGUGAAAAGUAGUCUGCUAUUAGGAUUAGGUUUUCCUGUGUAUAGCUGACUGCUUCAGAUUCUUUUGUAAAGGAGUAUGGAUUCCUCCUCAUCCCCAAUUUCAUUGCUCAGAAAUGAUGCAAAUUCUAAAAUUUUGGGAGAGUUUUAUUUAGCCCAUUUUGUCCCAUUGUCUGAUAUGUGGAAUAUAUAUAAAACUUAAUUGAGCAACACUUGUGAUAUACUUGAACAUAUUUUUGCAAAAUUGAAAACUUGGAAUUUAAUGGGUUUAGUACAUUUGUGUAAUAACCGGUCCUUGGUCUUAGUGUACUCCUUUGUUUAAGGGGAAAAGAAAUCUUCAUUCCAAAAGCAUUAGUGGAGAAGAAGGGGGGGGGGAAACCUUAAAAGCAAAGGGACUGAGGAUGUAGCACAGUGGUAGUCAUACUUUUCAUGGUAGAGCUCUAGGUUCAAUCCCUUGCACCAAGAAAUAUAAAGUCAAAACAAAAGACAAAAUUAGAUUAAGUUUAAAAGCUAGAAGAAUUUGCCAAACCAGGAAUAUAGCUUUGCAAUUUAUAAGGAUAAAUGAUUCAAGGCAUUUACCAAUCUCUUAUCCAAGUUUAAAUAUAACUGGUGAUAUGUUUAGAGACAUACUAGGGGCUUUUUUAAUGGUAUAUGAGACUAUUACCUGGGAGCAAAAUAUACCUGAAAAUCUAACAAUUUUUAAACAGUGCUUUCUUAAUUCAAAUUAGGUGCAGCUUUUCCCAUGUCUGUUUAUUUAAAAGAAAAAGAUUGGCCUGUUAGAAAAGCCUAACUGAGCUUAAGUUACUAGAUUUUUUUUUUACAUUAUUUGAGGACAUUUGGAAACACUGUUCUGAAACAUUGAGCCAUGAUAUGGUUCCAUUAUGUAAAUAUUUGAAACAUUAAAAAUGUAUAUAUUUGAUCUUGGGGAUUCAUUCUUUCAGAGUUUUGUAAACAAUGGCAUCAUGUUGUAAUCAUGUAGUACAUGCUAGAAAAUAUGGGAUGAAUUUUUUAAUGGGCUUGGUUUUUAUGACUUGGUGUUAGAUCAAAGAGGCCUUUUACCUUAUUUUGGAUGAAUCUACAAUAUAUGGAAAUAUGUCUUUGUGGUGAUAAAAUAUUUUAAAUUUUGGUUUCUUAAGGGAAAAUUUCAGAAAGAUGCUCCUGUAAUUGUACAAAUUUAUUAACCUUCUCUCAGAUUCAUCCUGGCUAUCAGCCUAAGAUCUAGGCCACAGCAGUUUAUUUUGCUCCUGUAUCUUACCAUAUUGCAUAGUAAUUGCUUCUAAGAUAUUACAUUAGGUGGCUUUUAUUUAAUAUAUAUUCACAUUUUUUAGAUCAGAGCAGGAGUGAGCAUAGUAAGUAGCAGGGAUUCAAAGACUUAAAGUCAUGGUCUAAUGCUAGCUCAAAUCAAGUUUUGUCACUAAGCUUCAUCAAAAAUCUUUUAGGUUUUCAGAGUUUCUUCAGAAUUACAUAUAAAGAAUUGGACAUCUAUAAAGUGGCAUAUUCUAGUGUCUUGCAAAAAUGUUUCUCUGAAAUUCUUUGAAUUUUGUCUUUACCAUGAGCCUAUAAAUUAAUUUCAGUUAGGAAACCUUAUAUUAAUUCACAUUGCACAUUCAAAUUAUUAUAAAACUACACUAAAAAGUCCUAAGAACCAUUGCUGAUUUGGCAUUUAGAAAACUAAAAUGCUGUUUCCUCAUUUGACUCUAAAAAUAAUUUAGGUAUAUAUACAGCUAUUUACAAAGGAAGAAAGGUAAGUAAAAAAAAAUUAAGGUAGUUUUUCUUAAACUUCCGUGUGUGCUUAAAUCACUUUGACCUUGUUCUAGUUCAGAACUUUGUUUAGUAGGGCUGGGUAGUCCUGACAUUUUGCAGCUCCCGUUUGAUGGCAGUGACAACUGAUCUAAGGACUGUAUUUUGAUGAGCACUUUAAGGUAACUACUCAGUAUUAUUUUUAGUCUAACAGACUACACAAAUGCAUCUUAGUUUUUCUUUUAAAGUAGAUUUUAAAGAAAAAACAUUUUGAAAGUAGAUACGAAAAAUUUUCUAUUCAGGAACAUAAUCUUCCAAGGUCAUGACUGAGAACUACCCUAAUAUUCUAGGUUUUCUCCCAGCCAGCCUUUGAUCAUAUUCUCCUUUGAAAGUUUUUGUUUUUUAUCAUUGUCAUUCGUAUAAACUAUAUAAUAGUAUGAAUUCGUAAUUAUUUUUCAGGGUGCUGUUUCAAGUCACCAAUCAGGCAUGAAUACUAGCUCUGGUGGACAUAUUGAAAAAACAUUGGCUUGAGCUGAAUUGAACUGGCACUCUUUUUCCCCUGUAUUCAUAGGAAAUAGAAAAAAUUUUAUGAUACAAAUAAAUGUAAUCAGGUAUUA